AUGGCGCUUCCGCAUCGCCGCACACAUCUUGGUGUGCGUGCGCCUAGUCGCACUGCACCUGCCACUGCGAGUAUGGCUGGGACUUUGCGACCUGGCGUUCCGAACCGCUCGGGCUCUGGUGCACAGCAACAGCAAAGACAACUGUCUCAAGGAGACCUUCGACGUACAGAGACAUCUAUGCGCGUCAUGGUGCGAGUUCGUGGUACGGCAAGUACUGGGAAUAGUGUAUUAGUGACAGAGGGUGCCCGUGGUGAGCGUAUCACGGUAAUCCAAGAAACGCAACCAUCGUCGUCGCGUACCAAGACCUAUGCGUUUGACCACGUGCUCAGCGCAGAAGCUGAUCAAAACAUGGUAUAUACUGAUGCCGUCGGCUCCCUGCUCGAUGAUGUACUACUUGGCUAUAAUUGCACGGUCUUUGCCUACGGUCAAACAGGCACUGGAAAGACGCACACUAUGGAAGGCGAUCUUGCCUCGUACAUGGAGACGUAUGCGCCAGAAGCUGGCGUGAUUCCUCGUACACUGUACCGUCUCUUCCAUGUGCUUGAGUCGCGUGGUGAUGACUAUGCAGUGAAAAUGUCGCUCAUCGAACUGUACAAUGAAGAGCUGCGUGAUUUGCUUGGCGAUGAACACGCGUCGACUCAGCUUCGCAUGUAUGAUGAUCCACGUGGACGCGGUGUUGUGCUACAAGGUCUCGAGGAAGUUCCGCUUACCAGUGCAGCACAUGGGCUUUCUUUGCUGCGAUAUGGAAGCGAACGUCGGCAUGUCGCUUCCACCUUGUGUAAUCAUACUUCGAGCCGCUCCCAUUGCGUAUUUACCCUUACUGUGCAGAUAAAAGAUACGGGCGCUCGUGGUGAAGAGCUGAUGCGAAUCGGCAAGCUGAACCUAGUUGAUUUGGCUGGGAGCGAGAGCAUUGGGCGCAGUGGCGCAGAGAACAAACGUGCUCGCGAGGCGGGUGCCAUUAACCAAAGUUUGCUGACGUUGGGCCGUGUCAUCAAUGCGCUCGUCGACGGAAGUACACACGUGCCGUAUCGAGAAUCGCGCCUGACGCGUCUAUUACAAGACUCGUUAGGCGGUCGCGCCAAGACUUGCAUCAUUGCUACGGUCAGUGACGAUCGCGAUAACCUCGAUGAGACAUUAUCCACCCUCGAUUAUGCUUCGCGUGCGAAAUCGAUCAAGAAUCGACCUGAGGCGAAUCAGCGCAUGACGCGAACGGCGCUGUUGCGUGAAUACGUUACAGAAAUCGAUCGUUUGCGCAGUGAUUUGGUUGCCACCCGUGCAAGGAACGGCAUCUUUGUCAGCGAGGACAAUUGGGCUCGUAUGGAGACAGAACAAGGCAUGCUAAAGAGACAGGUCGAUGAGUACCGUCGUGCUGCUGACGUUGCUGCAAGUCGGCUUACGAGCAUGCAAGAACAGCUUGAACAAAACACGCGCGUGCUUGCGAAGCGUGAGGCAGAUGCAGUGCAAGCUGAAACCAAACUCCGCACUUGUACUGAGCAGGCUGAGCGAGAUAUAUCUUCUCUUGAAGAGCAGCUUGCACGCCGCGCAGAUGUUGAUGCGCAGACACGUACUGCUAUGUCGGAUCUGGUACAACAACUGCAUGAGGCGCGAUUUCAUAUCAAUGCAUGCGCUGGCAUCGAUAUUCGCCAAACUUUAUCAUCACUAAGUGAGCAGGUCCAGUCUCAGGCCUCAUCGAUUCAAAACAUUAUUCACGAGUAUCUCACGGCUUUUCCCGCCCUCGACAAGCCAGCCAUAAAAAGUUUGGCCGCGUCAGUACUGCAACUUAUGACGCAGCAGCUUCACGGGCUGUAUUCAACACACAUGGACACAGCCGAUCGCAUGUCGUCAUGUCUUGAAACGCACACUUCGCGCGUGUCGGACCUUCUUUAUGCAUCCGAACAAGUCGUACGUGCGUGGGAUCAGGCGUCGACACAAAUCGAGCAACACGUGGAUUCGCUCACGCAUCAUGCGAAUGAUGGUUUGACACGUGCCCAAGCGCGUGCUGCGUUGGAGACGCAGCAGUGGAAUGACGUACGUCACUCUGUUCAGCUCGAGACUGAGUCGCUGCGAAAAACACUGCUCAGUGCCAUUGAUUCUUUUGCCUUGACGCAGGACGAGCGGCUUGAGCGCCAUCUCAAGGCAGCCAAGCUAGCAGAACAUGCAGCGAUGCAUGAGCGCGAGACAUUAUCAAAGCUUAUGUCGGAAUAUACAUCGACUGCCUCGGAUACUCAACGUAGCAAGGACGCGGCCACGCAGCACCUUGAUAAGACCAUCGAGCUUGUUCGCACAAGCGGACAUGAUGAAGCAUUGCAAUGGGAUUCACAUCGGCGUGGGUUGUCUUUGUCAACGCAUGCCACAUUAGACCAUAUUGUCUCAUCCACCCGCUCCAUCACUGAGCCUAUGGAAACAUACAUGGACGCAGCCGAUGCAUCUAGUAAGGCCGCUACGCAAGCUAUGCGCCGUGUCCAGGGCGCACUAAACUUCUUCGAUGCCCGUGCAGUGGCGUCGUCCGUCCGCGACGAGGCAAGCAUUCUGCAGACCGCGAUGUCAAAUGUGACAGAUCGACUCGAGCAAGCAAUCGCACCCUUAGCUACAGACCGUCUACGAGAGGCAUCGCCACUUGUCACCCACGAACCAAAUGUUCAAGGCCGUACUAACAUGCCGCUUCAAGAGCGUCCCUCACAAGAGAACAUCAUUCCUGCAGUGACGCCGCUGAAGCGUCGCAGCUAA